AUGGUGGGCUCAGGAGGAGCAGAUAGGAGCAAAGAAGCUGUUGGGAUGAUGGCCCUUCAUGAGGCCCUCAGAAGCGUCUGUCUCAAUUCAGACUGGACUUACUCUGUCUUCUGGACUAUUCGCCCUCGCCCAAGAGUUAGAGGUGGUAAUGGUUGUAAGGUUGGAGAUGAUAAUGGAAGCUUGAUGUUGAUGUGGGAAGAUGGGUUUUGCCGAGGAAGAGUUGGAGAUUGUUUGGAAGAAAUUGAUAGAGAGGAUCCUGUCAGGAAAUCAUUCAGCAAAAUGUCCAUUCAGUUAUAUAAUUAUGGAGAAGGGUUAAUGGGAAAGGUUGCUUCAGAUAAGUGUCAUAAAUGGGUCUUCAAAGAACCUACUGAAUGUGAACCAAAUAUUUCCAACUACUGGCAGAGUUCUUUUGAUGCUCUUCCUCCUGAAUGGACAGAUCAAUUCGAGUCUGGUAUUCAGACUAUUGCUGUCAUACAAGCUGGCCAUGGCCUUCUACAACUGGGCUCCUGCAAGAUUAUACCUGAAGACCUUCAUUUUGUACUAAGAAUGAGGCAUACAUUUGAAUCUCUUGCCUACCAAUCUGGUUUCUACCUCUCCCAACUCUUUUCAUCAACCAGAAACACUUCUUCCUCCUCAUUACCUACUAAGCAAUCUGCAAUUCCAACCCGCCCAUCACCACCCGUUUUCAACUGGGGUCAGCGACCACUUUCAUCUGCAGCUUCUUUGCUUUCUUCACCGACUUUUCAAAAUCCUGCAGCUAGACUUGGAUUUCCACAAGCCAAAGAUGAGCCCCAUAUGUUUAUCCUUCCCCAUUCAUCUGAAACCCGAAUGGAAGAGAUGAUGGGAGAACAUGAAAAUGACAUCAAAUGGCCUAAUGGGCUGUCCUUCUUCAAUGCUCUCACGGGAAGGGCAGAUGAUGCCAAGCUUUUGUUUAACCCUGAGAGCUUAGGAAACAAAGGAGACCAAAAUCACCACCCUCUUAUCCUUGAAGGGAAGAGUCCCAAUCAAAAUUUAGAUGCUUUAAACAUGAACAAUGCUGGUGGUAUGAAUCCCAACGAGUUUUUGAGCUUAGAUAGCCAUCCUGAUAGCGCAAGGAAAAUGGAAAACAAGUUCAAAAGGAGCUUUACCUUGCCUGCAAGAAUGACUUCAUCAUCUUCUUCGACUUCGGUUGAUCACCAUCAGCACCAAGCUGUGGAGUACCGGAAUCCAGAAGGAGGGGUGUAUUCAGACGUCAUGGAGACUUUCUUGGAGUGA